CGACGUGAGCACUUGUGCAGGGCGUAUAUAUAGGCCGUUCCCCCCUCUCAUUUACCAGUGCAGACUAAGAGCAGCACAUUGACAAACCAAGCAAAAUGGGAAAGAUCUUCUUCUACGAGGACAAGAACUUCCAGGGUCGCUGCUAUGAGUGUCACUCUGAAUGUCCCGACCUGUCCUCAUACUUCAGACGCUGCAACUCCAUCCGUGUGGAAAGUGGGAACUGGAUCCUGUAUGAGCUCCCCAACUACAAAGGACACCAGUACUUCCUCCAUAGAGGAGAGUAUCCUGACUUCCAGCAAUGGAUGGGCUACAAUGACUCCAUUAGCUCUUGUCGUCUGAGCCCCCAGCACCAAGGUUCCUUCCAAAUUAAUAUCUAUGAGAAAGAAGAUUUCAAAGGUCAGAUGAUGGAGUUCACUGAGGAUUGUCCUCAUGUCCAUGAGAGAUUCCGCCACCAUAACAUCCACUCAGUCCAUGUCCAUGACGGCUACUGGAUGUUCUAUGAGGAGCCCAACUUCAAGGGACGUCAGUAUUACUUGAGACCUGGACAAUACAAGAGUUACAGCGACUGGGGAGCCACAAGCCCCAAAAUCGGGUCCUUCAGACGCCUCCAUCAUUUCAACUAAAGUCAUAGGAAUUUUUUUUUUCCUACAAUAAACUUGAUUAAAAAACA